UCGAACCCAGGUGGCGGUACUCACAGCUGUAAGCCCUUUACCACUAGAGCUAGAAGCCCCGGUUAAGAGUAGAUAUAUUAAGUUAAAUCUUCCCAGUACUUUUGUGAUAUGAGAGGACCAACAGGUGAAAUUGUGGCUGAGGCUGAUGAUAAAACGGAAGCUGUUCUCGUGGCACAGUUCAAUCUUGAGAAGAUCAAGUCGAAGAGGCAAAGUUGGGGAGGUGUUCCGUGACCGCCGGUCAGAUUUGUACAAGGUACUUCUCACAAUGGACGGUAACCCCUGAUAGAUUUUGAUGUUGAUGCAAACUAAUAAAUACAGCGCAAAAUUUGAUGUGGCGCUUUCAUAACAGUACAUGAAUCGUUUGUGUGUUGUCAUUUACUUAACAAUAAUGUAAAUGUCAAAUAAAAAGAAAAUUUGACGUUUAUUUGCAAAAUAUUUUAUGAAAAAAAUGGAACUAUUAUAUUUCGAAAAUGUGUUUUCAUGUGAAAAGCACAAAAGCUUAGAGUGUAGUUGGAAUAGUAAGCCUUUGUUACUUACACCUUAGGUUACCAAGAACAUAAAACGGAAAGAAAAUUCCAACUCCAACAUUUGUCUUUUUAUGUUUCCUGUUUCUUUUGAUCAUCAGAAACCACUUCACUUGGUGGGUUGUGUUCUUCUCUUCCACCUUAAUGAUCUCCUCUUCCUAGUGGACAUCUUCUUCAAAAGUGUAAUUUUCUUCUUGAUUGUAUUCUUCUACAUUACCAUCUUCAGCUUCACUAUUAUCACAAAGAUCGAGGUGAGAAGACGCCAUUUUCUUCUCUCUGAGGUUCUUCAGCAACUUCAUCACUUGGACCGCAAACAUCACCGAUGUUAGAGGAUUUACCAUCUACAGUGAAACCAAAACAGGCCUGGUUUGAUGAAUAAGAAAUAUGCAUUUCGGUAUCGGUUACAAAGAACAACUCUUGAAGGGUUGUAAUGCAAUAAUACUGACCUUAGACAUGUUUGGCGGUAAGUCAUUUUGUUGACAGCUUUAAACCCUACAAACGUCAUGCAUAGUAAACACUUAGCUACUACAUAUAAACAUAAAUAAAUUAUUAAAUUGUGAAAAGCUUUUCUUGGCUUUGGAUAUAUAGAGGAAUUAAACCGUCCGUUCAAUAUUUUUCUAAAAUAAAUUGCAACUAAAGGAAUAUAAAUAAUCGUGGUGAUUUAGUAGUCCAAAUAGUUGAAUUUAUAGAUUAGGUCCGAUUCACUACGAUUGUUGAUCACUGCCAUUGUUUUAAAAUACUUAUAUGAAAAGUCAAAUUUCUGAAGAAGAAACAUUGACCAGUCUAGUCUUCAACCCAAGUUGACUUUCGACCAAAAGCUAUCUGAUUAUGAAAAACUGAAAUUCUUUUGAAGUAGGGGUGAUUUCCAUAAUCCUUACAUUUUCAGAUAAAGCAGAUAAGGUAAUUGAGAAUUGUUUUCUGAAAGUAGACUAGUUUAUGGUCAUCUAAUUGAACUUUAUGGUUGCUAGAUAUUUGUUUUCGCCUAACUUAAUUUAGACUAAUUUUCUAAGUUGUGAGGUUUUGAAUGCGGUUUUCUAAACAAGAAGAGUGGCUAUCAUUGGUCGUGACGAGGUUAAGCUGGAUCUGACACGCAUGAACGUGUUAAUUAAUGAGAUAAAGAGAAAUUAAAAGAGAGUAUUAGUUUUAGUUUUUCAAUGAAGCUAAAAGGUUGAUCUCUGCUGUAACCUGAGGGUGAGAUUUAGAAGAGACAAAACUGUUCAUGUGCAUGUGCACUAUGCUGUCUCCUCGCUUGUGCCCCCUUCCUCUAUUCCAUAAUAUUCUUUCUUUACUUAAUUUAAUCCAAAUUAAUAUAAUUUUUUUUUAUAAAAUUACUAGUUGUUAAACCCAUUUGUUCUGGAUCGAAUCUCUGGUAGCUAGUCUCUUUUCAAAUGACUACGAGAACUGAUGAAAGGUCGUUAUUAUAAUUCAUUUUCUUCGAAUCUUUCGUUGAAAACUAAAGCUCUUUGCAAUAUUUAAAGUGGCGGACGUGUAUAAUCAGACGAUGAUCUAGCGUUUUGCAUCCAAAACAUUUGUCGACACACGAUCGACUAUAAAUAAAUUCGUUAAUAGUCAUACCAUAUAGGAAAUAUAUAGAAAAUUAUGCAUGAAGUGAACAAAUGGGAAAGUACAGUUUCAGAAACUUUUGGAGUUGUUAUGAACUUGUUCUCUACAAAUUUUAUUGCUAUUUCAUAUAAUAAAUCAUUGUUACUAAUAAGGUGGAUGUUAAAAAUCAGCUCAUGACUGCUACAUCAUUCAUUGAAAAUAAAGGAAAAUUAGGCCUAGGAGCACUUCAACAACAGCGAGAGAGGAACCCAAAAUGGAUCUCUUAGAGAGGAUCAAAACGAAAUUUGUUUUGCCUCAUAUCAUCACUUAUCCUAUAUGGUUAGAUCAUGCAUUUACUUUAUCCGGCUAAUCAAAUUAUUGCAUGUGAUAAAAACUUUUUUUAGUUGCAGCCUACGGAUUUGUAGGACACAUGAACUAUAUAGUAGACAUUGUUGGUUAUGUAAUACAUAACUUUUUAUUUUUCUGCUAAGAUGAUGUAAAUUGUAAUGCGAAAUUUACAUCACCUGUUUUUUUAAUACUUUUCUAAAAUCUUACCGGCAUUAGGCAUAUACCAUAUUGGCCCCAUAAAUACCUAAAGUUGGACAAAUAUCAACAUAUAUAAAAGACAUAGCAAAGUCCACUAAAAGGUACAGAACAUCACAUCAUCUAUCUAAUGUCUUCCUCUCGAACACAAUCCUCUUCUUCAUCAUCAUCUUCUUCAGUUUGGCAACUACAAUACAUGAAGCUCCACUUCUUCACCAGGAUUCGUUCUCUUUUGAAAUCCAAAACAUCCUCCCUCAAACGCAACCAUCAAAGCUCACCUGAGAUAUCAAGUGCCCAACAUGAUUCAGAGAAUGUUGUUGCGCCUCCGGAAAUAAUAUCUAAACCACCCGAAGAUCAGAACGAGGAGGUUGUCUUGCAGAAAACUGUGAAGAAGCUUCAUUUUGGAAGCUUGGAAGAGAAGGAGAAAGCUGCCAUCGAGAUUGAGAAACUUGCUAGAGAAGACAAGAAUACUAGGAACCUCAUGGCUGAGCUCGGUGUUCUUCAGGUUCUUGUUUCUAUGGUCGGUUCUGAUAUCGCUGGUCAGCAGAUAGCUGCCGUAAGGGCUCUUAUUCAGCUUUCUCAUGGAUCCAACACGAACAAGGCGCUGAUGGCAAACGCCGGAAUAUGCUCAAAGCUACCCAAAAAUGUCGAAGUUCUCGACCAGUUAACAAGACAUGGCUUCGCGGAGCUUCUCCUAUCAUUGUCGUCUCUAACAAACGCACAAUUACCGGUAGCUUCAUCACUAAUUCUACCGUUCUUGAUGGACACGAUGAACUCAGAUUCAACAGACAUGAAGUGCAAAGAGAUAUGUCUAGCCACCAUAAACAACCUCUGCAUGGUGUUGGAAAACAUAGCACCGUUGGUCAUAAAUGGGGCAGUGCAAACACUAAUAAGCUUAAUGUUGGUAAAAGACUUGGCCGAGAAGGCGUUAGCAAGUCUAGGGCAAUUGGUUGUGACUCAAAUGGGUAAAAAGGCAAUGGAGGAAUGUUUGGCUGUGCCCAAAAGUUUGAUAGAGAUUCUAACAUGGGAAGAUAAACCGAAAUGCCAAGAAUACUCGGCUUAUAUCUUAAUGGUAUUAGCUCAUCAGAGUUGGAGCCAGCGCGAGAAAAUGGCCAAGGCAGGGAUUGUACCGGUCCUUCUUGAAGUGACCUUACUUGGAAGCCCUCUGGUUCAGAAGAGGGCAGUGAAACUUUUGCAGUGGUUCAAGGACGAGAGGAAUGUACGAAUGGGUCCUCAUUCAGGUCCACAAACAAGUCGCGUGAGUUCCGGGAUGGGAUCUCCAAUGAGCCCGAGGUCGGGGGAAGAAGGUAAGAAGAUGAUGAAGAAUCUAGUGAAACAGAGUUUGUACAAGAACAUGGAGAUGAUAACUAGACGAGGGAAUGUGAAUAUGGAGAAGGAAGCUUGUAGGCUUAAGUCAUUGAUCAUCAGCACAAGCUCUAAAAGCUUGACUUAUUGAUCAUACUAUAUUUUCGUGCUCUUAUUUCUUCGCAGUAUAAAGUGAUUAGAGAGUUUCUUGAUCUUGAAUAAACGAAUACUUAUACAAGAGAAAAGAAAUGGUGAAUUGCUCCAAGUGUGUCACUUUUUCCUUUCAUUAAUGAAUAUAUUACAUGCCCAACAUCUCACCUUUGUGCUAUGUACUCUAGCUAAGUUAUCAAUAUAAUCCACACAAACUCUAGGAACAUAUAUAAAAUGGAAACUACAUUAUCUAAACAUAUACAAAAGAAUCAGUUUUAAGCAAUGACUAAAUCUUAAUGUCAAAAACAACACUAGAAUUGACGACGACGCCAAAACUUGACUUGACGUGGAUUAAAUUUAAAUAUUUAUAUCACUUAACUGAAAGCACAAUGUAGUUAUAGUAAAAAGGUGUCAUUCCAAAUCUAAGAAGAUUUCAAACAAAAAGAAUGCACACCAUAUUUUAAUCUAAGCAAUAAAUAUGAGUUUAAGGUAACCAAACUAAAACUUAUCAAGAUUCAAGUUUCGUGAUCUCACUUUACUUAUUGAUCAUACUAUAUUUGCGUGCUAUUACUUCGCCAUAUAAAGUGAUUAGAGAAUAAUAAUAUGUUGCUCUUGAACAAAGGAAUACUUAUACAAGAGAAUGAAGAGCGCAGAGACUGGGCCCGAGCCAUAGGUCCACUAAUGUAAAGCGAGGAGUUGAGCCUGAACUGGCGAACCGAAGUCACUUUCGGUACCAUAACCGAAGUCAUUUUCGGUACCAUGAUUCCUACAGCAAACAUGUGCCCAGUCCUGCUGAAAGGCUCAAACGAACGUGAGCUGCUAUACAAAAUCCCCUACUGGCCAUCGGGGAGCGAGUGGUAAGGCCAUGAUCUGCAGGGGAAUGAAUCACACAUUUUUCUAUUUAGGACAAGUGCACGAACAACAACUCCAAACGUCACACAUCAAUUUUGCCUCUUUUUCUUAUUUAGUUGUAAAGAGGAGAAAAUUCAAAAUAAAUUGAGAAAGUUGUAAUACAACUUGCAAAGCUCUUGUAUAAUUCUCUUCCUCGAGAUGGGGAAAGAUCUGUAAAUAAAAAACUGGAAAGAAAGACAUAGAAAGAUGUCAGGUAUCUCACUUUUACAAAGACCAAGAAUAAAUUAUUAU